AUGCAUCGACUGGGCGUGCGGCACGCGGAGGUGGCGGUGAUCAGCGACGAGCUGAUCAAGAAGGUGGCGUGUGCGGACCUGGACCCGGCCAACAACAACGCCAUCAACGAGGCCGACCAGAGCGUGGACUUCAUCAAGCUGCAGACGCUGUCGCUGUCGUUCCAGAACAUCUUCAAGAUGGAGAACCUCGAGACGCUGCGCCACCUCGUCAAGCUGCAGCUGGACAACAACGUGCUGCAGGAGAUCGACGGCAUCGGCCACCUCGUGCACCUCGAGUGGCUGGACCUGUCCUUCAACAACAUCUCGAGCAUCAAGGGGCUGGAGAACCUCGUGAAGCUCACGGACCUGAGUCUCUACAACAACUGCAUCGCCAAGCUCGAGAACCUCGACACGCUCAAGGAGCUCCAGCAGGUAUUGUCCAUUGGCAACAAUUUGCUGCCUUCCACGGAGGGUCUGCUCUACUUGAAGUGCCUCGAGAAGCUGCGGGUGUUGAAUUUGAGCGGCAAUCCCGUCUGCUCCGACCCGGAGUAUCGACCAUUCUUGCUGGCUCACUUGGAGAAGCUCCAGUAUCUGGACUACGCGCUUGUGGACGAGAACGAGACCGUGCAGGCGCGUGAGCAGUACCAAGACGAACUGGAGGAGCUCAGGGAGGUGAAGGCCAUUGAAGACGCUGCUCUCGCCCGAGAAGCCGAGCAGCAGAAAUACUUGAACAUGUUGCGCGACGCCAACGUGAUCAUCCUCGAGACUUUGUUGACGGACAUGUUCAAGGAGGACACCGAGAUGAGCAAGAUCGAGGUCUUGCCGGGGCUGCGCAACAUCAUCGACGACUACACGGAGAAGGCCAAGGCGGCGGCAGAAGACGUCAAGCUCAUUCUGCUGGAGAAGCACUCCGCGCUGACCAAGGAAGUGGACGGGUUCAAAGCCACGUACGAGAAACUCCAGGCCGACGCCCAGGAAGCGAGUAUUCGAGCGGUGGAGAACCAUCGGCGGACUGCCAAACAGCUUCUGAAGCAGGCAGCAGCAGCCAACAGUGUCUCGAACUCGGAUGUCGACGGCUCUGGCUCUGCUGCGGGGCUUCAGCUCCUCCACGACGCCGAACUUUCCAGUGAGAAGCUGCACAACGAGCUGAUGAAUCUCGAGUCUGACGUCGUUGAGACAGCGCAGGAGCUCAUCACUGCGAUGGAAAGCUCCAUUGAAGCGGUAGGCUCCGAGGCCCGCGACAUUGCCACGGAGCACUUCCGGACGAUCGAGGUGCUUGAAAACAACUUCUUCGAGAACGUGAGCCAGCUGGCAGUCACGUUACUGGAACGGAUGGCGUCCGACGAUGGCGAGGAUGACGACUACUUGACUGAUGAGUGUCGCGCCAUCCUGAACGACCGAGAUGCGCUGAACAACGCUAUCAACGGGUCCCACGAUAUCCACAUCGGUAAGCUGCUAGCCCAGGAAGACGCCAUGCGCGAACAGAGUCUCGCCAAGGUGGCUGAGAUCGUCAAAGGUGCAAAAGAGCAGGAGUGGGCUCGCAAUCGAGCUCGCAUUGCCGAGGUGCUGCACCUCAAGGAGAAGCAUCUGGGCGAGAUCAACCGUUUGCGCGAUGAGAUUAACCGCGUGGACGAAGAGUUCUACUAA